AUGCCUCUCGGAAACCAGGGCCUAGUAGUCAUCGCCGUCGUAUGCACGGAAGCCAUACUCGCUGGAGGCUUCAUUGGUACGCGAGUCGUCAUUCGUACUUCAUCGACCAAAGGUAUUGGCAUUGACGACUGGGUUCUUAUGUCAACUUGGAUCGUACAGGUUGCAUUCGUAUGUGCCAUAACGGUUUCUUGUCAUUAUGGCUUCGGUCAACAUAACACGGAUCUCUCCAAGCCAGAUGUGCGAAUGGCCACCAAGGCGGAACUUGUUGCUCAAUGCAUUGUUUCAUGUGCGAUGGGACUCAGCAAGGCAGCUGUCGGCAUGUUUUUAAUGCGCAUUGUCGUUCAGAAAUGGCACAAAGUAGUACUCUGGUUCUGGAUUUCCACGAUGAUGGGUUGGUCUAUUCUGCUUUCCAUCACUGUCUUUGCUCAGUGCGUUCCAUUCGAGUCUCUCUAUGACGAGCGUGUCCCGCGCGAAUAUUGCUCUUUAGAUUUAACUACAAUUGCAUACAUCAUGUGUUCUUGGUCUGCUGCGAUGGACUUUUUCCUAGCAGGAUUCCCUUGGAUGGUACUUUGGAAGUUAAACAUGGGAAAAAAGGAAAAGGUUACAAUUUGCGUUUCUCUCAGUUUAGGAAUAUUGGCAGGGAUUUGCGGAGUUGUUAGAACGUCCGGUCUCUAUGUUCUAAGUCAUACCGAGGAUUAUUUGUUUGCUACAGCAGAAUCGGUGAUAUGGACCAGCAGUGAGCUUACCAUUACACUUAUCUGCGUAUCCGUUCCAGUACUCCGACCGAUCUGGGUUCGACUACUGGGUGGGACCAUCUCGGAUCGAUAUUACAAACAGAGUGAAGGAUCUCGUGGUAUAGUUACAAUAGGGAGGAUGAGAAAUCCAAGGCCUGCAGAUAUGGAGAUAGGUUUGGGUACUAUUCGGCAUGAUGGAAAAAACGCGAAUGUGACGACGAUUGGUGCCUCCAGGCGGAACUCGGACGAUGGCAGUGAGCGGACCAUACUAAGGGACAAUCAAGCUAUUCAAAGGACACGGGAAGUUACUGUUGCAUACGAGGAUAAUUACAGGGGGAGUGACUGA